UACUUCCUAAGAUGUUUCCUUUUCUUUUAUGAAGAAUAUAUCAUCAACACAUGUAAAAAAUCAGCAAAUAUGUUACAAAAUUCUUUAAGACCAAAUUUAUACAGCUUAACUUCAAAGAUUAUUUCGAAAUCUGGGACUACACAAAAAUGUCAGAAGAAUGGCUCAUGGUUGUUAAAUCAUGGCAAAUAUAAAAGUUGUUCAUCUAUUCCCAUUUCGUGUUACCCAUUUAGUACAACAUGCUGUCUACAGCAGACUAAAGCGGGUAUUAUUGAAAGUGCAUACAAACCACUAACUAUACCUGACAAUGUGGAUUUUGGUUCUUUUAUACUCUCUCAUUUAGAACAAUACAAAGACAGGCCACUCAUUGAAAAUGGUUUGACUGGAGUUAAAUAUUCAUAUUCAGAUGUAAUUUCUAAGUCUUUAAAAGUAGCAAGUGCUUUUAAGAAAUCUGGAUAUAAACCUGGAGAUGUCAUUGCAGUAUUUUCUACCAAUAAUCCCGAAUACUUGCUAGUAUAUAUUGCAGCAGCUGCAGCUGGAUUGACAACUACGACGAUGAACUCAGCCUAUUCAGCAAAGGAGUUGAAAUUUCAUUUGGAGAAUUCUGAGUGCUGUGCAAUAAUAACUACAGAAGAGUUGGUAUCAACGGUUAAGGAGGCUGUGGGUACCAGUGAAACUGUUAAACUGAAGGAAAUUAUUGUGUUUGGGAAUUCACAUGGUUGUCGUCCAUUCUCAACUCUUGUAGAAGAUGACGGAACUGCCUUAACAGAAGUUUACUCUGGCAACGCUAAAGAAGAUGUUCUUGUAUUACCUUAUUCAAGUGGAACAACUGGAUUACCUAAAGGUGUCAUGCUAACACAUCAUAAUAUCGUUUCAAACCUUCUGCAACUUACUGUUCUAAAACUUGAUACUUCUGAUCGAAUCCUUGGAAUUCUUCCUUUUUACCACAUCUACGGAAUGGUCUGCAUACUGUUUAGUAUUAUUACAAAUGGGUGUUCAAUAUACACUUUACCAAAAUUUGAACCAGAAAUUUUCUUAUCAACAUUAAGCAAGAAUAGGAUAACCUGUGUACACUUGGUUCCUCCAUUGAUCUUGUUUUUGGCUAAACACCCUCUUGUAGAAGAUUAUGAUCUCUCUGCAAUCAGAAGAAUAUUUUCAGGAGCUGCUCCACUUGGUAAAGAACUUGUGUUAAAGUGUAAGGAAAGACUUGGUGUUCAAGAAAUGAUCCAAGGCUAUGGUCUGACUGAAACAAGCCCUGUUGUUCAUGUGAGUGUACCACCAAUUCGUCAUGAAGGUUCUGUUGGAACUUUGAUACCUAAUACUGCUGCAAAGAUAAUUGAUCCUGAAACAAACGAAAUCUUAGGCCCAAUGCAAACGGGGGAGCUAUGUAUCAAAGGUCCACAAGUAAUGAAAGGCUAUUUAAACCGACCAGAAGCUACUGCUGAUAUGAUCAGAGAUGGCUGGUUGUAUUCAGGUGAUCUUGCACAUUAUGAUGAGGAUGGACAUUUUUACAUCACAGAUCGGUUGAAGGAGCUCAUCAAAUAUAAAGGCUUUCAGGUGGCUCCAGCUGAAUUAGAAGCUCUACUAAUUACACAUCCUGAUAUUAAAGACUGUGCUGUGAUAGGUAUCCCAGAUGAGAAAGCUGGAGAAUUACCUCGAGCUUAUGUUGUCAGUAACGAUAAAAGCACCAUACGUGAGGAAGAUGUUUUGAAUUUCACUAAAGCUAAUGUUGCUCCAUACAAGCAGCUCCGAGGAGGUGUGGAAUUUGUACCUGAAAUUCCAAAAUCAGCAGCUGGGAAAAUACUACGUAGAAUUUUGCGAGAUUCUUAUAAAAAUAAGCUUAAUGACUGAUGGUAAACCUUAUAUUUUUCUUGAUUAAUUACAAUGAGAUGCCUUCAAAAAUCAUCUCUAUCUUAUUCAAAUUAUAAUUCAGUUACAUAUUUCAGAAGACCGAAACAAAAACAAGAAAUAUAUAUAUAUAUGUGGGCUAAAACACACACAAAAGAAUUUCAUUCACUAAAUUCUUUUUACUAUUUCUACUAUUUCUUAGGUUUUAAUCAUUGAACUCUUUUUUUUUUUUUUAAAUAUCUUUCAACAUAUUUUUUGAUGUAGUUAUAAUCAACUUGAUUUCAAUUUUUUUUAUAUAACAAAAAAUUGUGUACAUUUGAUUAUAAUUUUAGAAUGAUAGCUACAUGUUUAGUAUUAAGCCACAAUGUCAAGUUAAAUAUUAAGCAUUCCAGUGACUCCAUCAGAAUUCUCGCAAACAUUCGUUUCUGAAUUAAGGUUGAGAAAUGUCUGCAUGUUGUCACUUUAUAUUUUAUUACAUUUUAUUAUACAGACAGUACAGUAACAUUAUUAAAAAUAUUUAUGUCAUACCCAUUUCCUUACAGUGGCCAAUUCAUAUGAACAUCAUUCCAACGUAUUUUUAAAAUAUGUUUUAUUUGUUUACACAAAGCUCAAGAAUUGCUUGACCACAUUUCAUAAGUAAUUAUUAUUCACUGAUAACAAUCCUCAGCAGUAUUCACUUCAAUGUUUUUGUAGUGGGGAUUAUUUUCAAUGAAACAGUGCUUUCUGAUAAGUCACUUUCACUAAGGACCAUUUAAAACACUGCAUAUAGCUAGAUUUGAUUUAUAAACUGGUAGAUUUCAAAUUUCUCUUGAAUAAAAAUGAUACAGCAAAUUAUUACUAAAAAAGGUAGUAUAAUUGUAGUCUUAAAAUACCAAAUUAUUUGAAGUGAAGAAAGCUGUUUAAAUUCAAGAUAAUAUUCUGCUUUUCUACAUUGAAACAAUUAUUUUAUUAUAAAUCUUAUUCUAUCAAUAGUUGUGAAUCAUUUACGGUGUUUUGUUUGCUCAAAGCAAAUUAAAUUUUUUCUAUAUAAUUUAUACUCAGUUGCUUUUUAAAAUAUUGCUGAAAAAGUUUGCUAAUGAAAUACAUUUUAAUUUUUACUAACAAAUUACAUAAUUAGAAAACUUUUACAUGUGUUAUUAGUAAUCGAUUUUUUAAGGUGGCGAACUGGUAGGAUUGUUCGCACACCAGAUGCAAUGCUUAGUGAUAUUUCAUCCGUCUCUACAUUCUGAGUUCAAAUUCUGCCGAGUUGAACUUUACAUCCUUUCAGGAUCGAUAAAAUAAGUACCAGUUUAUCACUGUAGUUGAUGUAAUUGACUAGCUCCAACCCCUCAAAAUUGCUUAUAGGUCUUAUAUCUUUAGUAGAAAGGAUUAUUGACUUUGCCUUUCAUCCUUUUAAGGCCAAUAAAAUAAUGUAUGUGUCAAAUGCUGGGUUGAUGAAAUCAACUUACCCACUCCCCUAAAAUUCCUGGCUUUGUGUCAAAAUUUGAAAGAUUUAGGGGCAGGGGAGAUGGUGUUUUCAGGAUUAUAAAAACAUUUCUAUAUUUCAUUUUGCUAAAUUAUUCAACAGUAGAAUUGCAAAACUGGCAAAAUAACAACCAAUAUGCCUUACUGUAUUUAGGUUCUUACCUUUAAAAUCUAUGGUCAAAUCCCUCCAAUGUCAACUUUGUCUUUCAUUCUUCUAAGGUCAAUAGAAUAAGUAUCAGUCAAGUAUCUAAUCUAUUAUAUACAUCCCACAAAUUUGAGGCCUUGGGUGUAUGCUGGAAAUCCAUAAUAUUCCCAUUCAAGAUUUUUUAUUGCUUUUGUAUUGCAAUAAAUAUAGUCUCUCAAGCCUCAGAAAGACAGUUCUGCAACUUUUUGCUGAACAAUCUGCACGGAUGAUUUGUUGAUAGUGACUAAAUAUUUGUGCUGUACUCACUCUAUCAAGUCAACAUUGCUUGUACAGGUUCACAGUGUACUACAUAUCAGAUAUCAAGAUGAUUGCUUUUGUAUUAUAACUGCCUUAAUGUGUGUUAGAAUUGGGGCUUAAAUAGACUGGACUAACUUUUAGUCAUACAUUUUUAUAUAGAUGCAAUAUUUUUACCAACUAUUUAUAAUGGGUUUAAAUAACAGUCCGAUUUUCAUAAUUCAUUACAUCCACGAUUCUGCAUACAGGAAACCUCAUACAGAGAUAAUUUACAAGAAUGUAGUUCAGUAAUAUAACACUUUGAAUUGUUUACAUAUCUGAAGAUAAGUGUUCUUUUGAAACGAGAUCUGUAUUACAUACUCUUGUAGCCUGUAGGCAUGCCUAGAACUCAGUAUUUUUGUGUUCAUAAUUGUAAAGAAAGAAUAAAUGGGUUUAUACAAAAAAGAAAAA